ACGAUUCAGUUAUUGUUCUCCGAGGUGGGCAUCAAACGCUUACACAAAAUUCUUCACUUCGAUCAUAAUACUGCAUUUACGCUAAACAGACAAACACCAUACAUUUCGCUCACCGUAUAGUUUAUAUGGUUAAAACGAGGACCAAUCAUGGAUUUAGUAGACAUAUACAAUUAUGUUAACACAGAAUUAGCUGACAAACGAUCAAAUGAUUGGAUACUCGUUAGUUCGCCUAUACCCGUUAUUCUCGUUACAUUUGCGUACUUGUACUUCGUUCUACGAUGCGGCCCAAGAUUCAUGGAAAACAGAAAGCCGUACUCAUUGCUCACGUUUAUUAGAUUUUAUAACAUAUUUCAAAUCGUGGCGAAUGCUAUGAUAGUAUACCAUAUGUUAGACGCUGGAUGGUACCAGGACUGUUUUAUUUAUUGCGUCGUACCUGAUUAUUCGACCAACCGUAACGCAAUGAAGACGGUUAGACUAGCAUGGUACGUGCUGUCUUUGAAAAUAAUUGAUUACAUCGAGACUGGCAUAUUCGUACUCAGGAAGAAAUGGAAUCAAAUUUCAUUCCUGCACUUGUACCAUCAUGUUUCCACAGUAGCGUAUGUGUGGUUCAUAUUGAAAUAUUUUACUUGCAACAUGUCGAUGACGGUUGGUUUACUCAAUAGUGCAGUGCAUGUAAUAAUGUACAGUUAUUACUAUUUGGCUUCUAUUGGACCACACGUUCAAAAAAAGCUUCAAUUAUUGAAACAAUCCAUUACCAUCAUACAAUUGACACAAUUCGUCAUAAUGAUAUUAUACAUGGCACAGGCUUUCAUACCUGGCUGUCCGGGCAUGAGAAUACCAGCCGCAGUAAUGUUGAUUAACAUAUUUAUAAAUUUCUACUUAUUUUAUGAUUUUUAUCGAAAAACUUACACCGUAAAGAAACAGAAGGCCUAAAAUAAAGUUCCCAGCGAAUGACGGAGAAUCUACUGUAAUUAUGAAUACACUCGCGUGGAGACAUGGAUAAUGGCAAGUAGAAUCUCGGUUAUUGCAACCACAAUUAUUGCAUACUGUUAAACAACUGAAGAAGGUGGUCUCUGGUGGUCUCUGGAGCCAGGAUCGUAACAAAGUUGGAUUGGAGCACAUGAAGGUAGUACUUCUGAUACUAUCAUUUAUUUUGAUGAAAAAUAAAAAAAACGGUUUCAAUUACCAAAUACUGUCGGUACUUUGGGAAAAGUUUUAAUCUUUCGUUCCCCUGAAAAGACUUUAUAUGCAACAUACAGUCGAAUCGCUGAAGAGGGAGAAUCUAUGAUUUCAUUUAAUUGUUUCUCUACCAGAAAUUCUUUACCUUAAAUUCUCUUUAAGAUUUAUUUAGAGUAUUUUAUAGAAUUUUGUUGAAAUAUAGAUGAUACAUCAGAAAUAUUAUAAAGCUACUAGAGGUAACCAUAAUUCUUCAUAGACUUAAUCAUGAAAUGCGUGGAUAGAAUUGAAACAAAGUUUAAGUAUUUUUAAUAUUAGUCAAAAUGUGAUCAAAGAGUCUCGUAACUUCCUUGUAAAUAAAAUUGUAUAGACGAUCUAUCGUAAAAUAUGUACCACAUAUAUGUAUAUUUUUAAUAUUAGUUAAUAUGUGACCAGUGAGUCUCAUAACCGGCUCGUAAAUCAAUUUUGCUGAAAUUUUUCUCUAUUAUAAUAAUAAAGCAGCAUAGCAAAUUAAUAUAUGACUUAUAUCAGAGUAAUAUAUCACGUAUAUUUUAAGAAUAGCAAAAAUGUCAUCAAAGAAUCUUGUAACCUGCAUGUAAAUAAAAUUUUAUAGACAUUU